GCCGUUGAGGGCAACACGAUCAAAUAGUGCGAGUCGUAGCGACGUUUUCCGUGAUGUGUGUUUGGUCCAACAAAAUGUUAUCUCGGUAUAUUCUAGUGUUAAUCGUCGGCGGUGUUUCAAUAUUGGCUACCGGAUUUAUCAAAGAAGGGGUGGUUCAGUCCACCGAACCAUGGAAACAAUUUCCCAAGCUGUAUGACUACGAUGACUUCGAUGAUUGCAGAAGCGAGAACCCAGGAUUCCUGUACUGCGUCGUUAAGGCCCAUCUAGUUGAGAAUACCAGUUCAGUGCUUUGGCAACGGAUCAAAGAAUAUUCCAGUGAUCCUCGUCACUAUCGUCGCGAUAUAUUGGAAAUCGGUGUUUGUUUGGAUCGCUGCGUUUCACUUACCGAAUUAACAAACAAUGAUGGACACAAUGCACAACUUGCGGAAAAGUGUGCUGCCGACCGGGUACAAACUAACUAUAAUUUGAAUUCCACAACUGAUGUUUUGAAUUGCAUCUCAGCCCAAUACGAUGCUCAUUCAAUUGACACCAAGCAGACCGUCUUCAAUUAUACAUUAUUGUCCAUGUUGGUUCUAAUAACACUGUGCACUGUGAUCAGUAAUAGAAAAUGUAUUUUCUCAGAUUCUAUCAUAGUCAAAGCGUUCUCUCUGUCUGAAAAUUUGAAAAAGCUAGGAUCGCUGAAUUCCAGAUCCAGACAGGAUCUUCUCUUUUUGGAUGGUGCUCGAGUUCUUACCAUGUUGGUGAUCCUACUUUGUCACGCUUCCAUUCCAAUGAUUCGAUUUCCUCUGAAGAAUCCGGAAAAUAAGGAACAACAGUUCGACAACUUUUGGUUCCCGAUUGCAUUGUCCGGCAACACCUACACGGUGCAGAUAUUUUUCGUAAUCGGUGGAAUAGUGCUGGCGGUAAACUUCAUGGAUCACAUCAAAUCGCACACACAAUUCAAACUGUCAUAUUUGCUGGACAGGAUCAUCAAUCGAUUAAUUCGAUUAGUGCCCGUGUAUGCCUUUGUGAUUUUUUUCCAAGUGUCUUGGUACCAGAGGUUAAAAGAUGGCCCUAUUGCCGAUCGGUAUAAGGAUCACUGUACCGAAAACUGGUGGACUAAUCUAUUGUUUGUGAACAAUUACAUCAAUGUUCGUGAACCGUGUUUGCAAUUCACUUGGUAUCUUGGAGCUGAUUUUCAGCUGUACGUAGCAGGAACAAUAAUCAUGAUGAUAAUUUGGAGGUUCCCAAAACUUAUCAACGCAGUAUCUUACUUCAUGGUAGCUUUUGCAUUACUGGUUCCUGCUAUUGUAAUCUAUGUGUAUAAUUUAGACGCAACUGUUAUGAUGAUCAUAAGAUACAUCAUAGGUGAAAUCCGAGAGCUCGAGUAUUAUCUCAAAGUGUAUGUCACCUUCGAAAGCAACGCCGGAAAUUACUUCCUCGGUAUGAUUACAGGCAUUUUGUAUCAUCAACUAGUCUCAAAUGGAAAUAAGUUGGAUAGUAUCAAAAACUUCAAAUCCAUGUUCCUUAUGUCAGCUGUAUUCUUCAUAUCCAUGAACAUCAUGACUGUUUUUCUGCCCCGAGAUCAUCUUGAACACCGUUCUCUGCUUCUUGCAAUCUAUGGAUCGCUGUUGAAAAUGUCCUGGGGUAUCCUGGCAUGCUUUUUGAUAUUUUAUCUUUCCUUUCGACCACAAAGCAUCUUCGCAUCAUUCCUACAGCAUCCGAUAAUGCUGGUGGCAUCCAAAUUCAGCUACUGCGCGUACGUUGUUCAAUACACAGUGGUGUACAUGAUUUAUCGCAACAUCACCACACCAAUAAUGAGCAGCACAUUCACAACGAUUUUAUUCACAUCGUCUGUGCUGUUCAUCACAAUCCUCAUGGGUUUGCUACUUCAUGUUUGCGUUGAAGUGCCAUUCAUGACAUUACUCAAGGCCCUAGUUGAGCCGAAACGUACAAAGACGAUCUCCGCAACUGUAGAGCAGACAGCUGAUCAUCGAAAUAAAAAUGGUUCCAAGUUAUUAAGAUAA